AUGGGUAGAGUUAUCAGAGCUCAAAGAAAGGGUCGUGCUAAUGGUGUCUACAAAUCUCACAAGAGUGGUAGAAUCGCCCCCGCUCAAUACAGAGUUUACGACUUCGCUGAAAGAUAAGGUUACAUCAGAGGUUGCAUCAGAGACAUCGUCCACGAACCUGGUAGAGGUGCUCCCUUAGCUGAAGUUGCUUUCAGAGAUCCCUACAGAUACAAGACUAACAAAGAACACUUCAUCGCCGCUGAAGGUUAAUAUUCCGGUUAAUACGUUUACUGCGGUUUGAAGGCUCAAAUCGCCGUCGGUAACGUUCUUCCCAUCAACAGAAUCCCCGAAGGUACUGUUGUUUGCAACGUCGAAGAAAAGGUUGGUGACAGAGGUACUUUCUCUAGAGCCUCCGGUUGUUAUGCCACCAUUAUUGGUCACUCCGAAGAUGGUGACAAGACCAGAAUCAGAUUACCCUCUGGUGCCAGAAAGACCAUUCCUGGUUCUUGCAGAGCUACUGUUGGUAUCGUCGCUGGUGGUGGUAGAACUGAUAAGCCCAUCCUCAAGGCCGGUAACCAAUUCCACAAAUACGCUAGAAAGAGAAAGUCAUGGCCCAGAGUUAGAGGUGUUGCUAUGAACCCCGUCGACCAUCCUCACGGUGGUGGUAACCAUUAACACAUCGGUCACCCCGCUACUGUUUCCAAGUGGGCUUCUGCUGGUCAAAAGGUCGGUCUCAGAGCUGCCAGAAGAACUGGUCUCGUUAGAGGUGGUCAAAAGGAAAAGAUGGCUAUGAAGGCUGCUGCUGCUGGUGUUUGA